AUGAAGAACAUUUCAUCCUCCAUUCCCCCUCCCCACCACCCCACCUUCUCCGCCCCUCUUCGCCCCUCUCCUCCCUGCGUACAUGACAGCAACUUGUCCAAGAAUGGCAUUUCAUCCUCCAUCCCUCCUCCCCAUCACCCCUCUCUCUCCGCCCCUCUCCACAUCCUACAUGACAGCAACUUGUCCAAGAACGGCUUGUCAGCCUCCAUCCCAUCAUCUCUCGGCCUCUUGACUCGCCUCUCAACCCUCAUCCUAUCAAGCUGCUCUCUCAACGGCACGGUUCCGGGCAUGCUGAGCUAUCUCACUCGCCUGCACACCCUUCUCAAUAGAGUCGCUCGCCCUCCAUUCCCUUCCCUGCGGUCCACCCUUCUUCUCGGGCCACACCCCAUGGGUCAUGACGGUCAUGCCCCACCCCCAUUGCCCAUGGCGGUCAUGCCCCCCAUCCCCAACCUCCAUCCGCCAUACCCCAUCCAUCCCCCAUCCCCCAUCCAUCCCCCAUCCAUCCCCCAUCCCCCAUCCAUCCCCCAUUCAUCCCCCAUCCCCCAUCCAUCCCCCAUCCAUCCCCCAUCCCCCAUCCAUCCCCCAUCCCCCAUCCAUCCCCCAUCCCCCAUCCAUCCCCCAUCCCCCAUCCAUCCUCAAGCCAUCCAUCCAUCCCCCAUCCAUCCCCCAUCCAUCCCCCAUCCAUCCCUCAUCCAUCCCCGAUCUCCCCUCCACAGCGACCUCAGUGCCAAUGCCUUCCAAGGCACUCUCUCUCAAGGGCUGGGGAAACUUCAGCAGCUGCAGCACCUUGACCUGAGCAGAAACCAGCUGAAUGGCACUCUGCCUGAGGGCCUCGGCAGAAGCUCCCUCCUCUCCCACCUUGAUCUCAGCGCCAACUCUCUCAACGGCACUCUGCCCCAGGGACUGCAACAACUCACAGCUCUCACUUAUCUCAAUCUGGCCAGCAACGCCAUCAAUGGCUCCAUCCCCGACUCUCUAGGAAUCCUCACCAACCUCAUCUCUCUCAACAUCUCCAUCAACUUCAUCAACGGGACUCUCCCUGCCGCCAUCAGCAGUCUCACCAACCUUGUUGCUCUUGGCAUGAGUGACAACAAGUUCUGGGGUCCCAUUGGAGAAACCAUAGGGGCACUCACUAACCUGGAAUACAUGGAUGUCGGGUGGAACCCGACAUUUGAUGCCGACACGGCUAUUAACGGAUCCAUCCCCGCCAGCAUUGGCAACCUCCUCAACCUCAGAUACCUGAGACUGGCUGGCAAUAAGAUCAGUGGAAGCAUUCCCAAGACCAUUACGAAGCUUAAAAAGCUCGAGUUUCUCUCUGUGGCAUUCAACAGUAUGAACGCAGACUUGCCAGACUUCCUGUCCGAGCUCACAGCGCUCAGGAAGAUGGAGCUGAGUUACAACCAGCUCAGCGGCACUGUGCCGGUCUCCUUGGCGAACCUGCACAACCUCACAGAGCUGUAA